GCGCUCUUUUCAACAUUAGGAAUCCGCACACAGUGAGCAUCUUAAAGCUAACGAGCUGAAUCAUUUAGUGGAAGUCUUCAAUCUUCCUGUGAGUGUACGCGUGUAACAGUGCAAUGGCGGCAAGAUAUGACAGGGCUAUCACUGUAUUUUCUCCCGAUGGCCAUCUAUUUCAAGUGGAGUAUGCGCAAGAAGCUGUAAAGAAAGGUUCCACAGCGGUGGGAAUCAGAGGUAAAGACAUUGUUGUCCUUGGUGUUGAGAAGAAGUCUGUUGCAAAAUUGCAGGAGGAAAGGACUGUUCGCAAGAUAUGUGCCCUGGAUGAACAUGUCUGCAUGGCAUUCGCAGGUUUGACAGCCGAUGCCCGCAUUGUGAUAAACAGAGCUCGUGUUGAGUGCCAGAGCCACCGGCUAACUGUUGAGGACCCAGUCACAGUGGAAUACAUCACACGCUACAUUGCUACUCUGAAACAGCGCUACACUCAAAGCAACGGGCGCAGGCCGUUUGGCAUCUCUGCGUUAAUUGUCGGCUUUGACUAUGACGGGACUCCCAGGCUGUAUCAGACAGACCCAUCAGGAACCUACCAUGCCUGGAAGGCAAAUGCAAUCGGCCGCAGCGCAAAAACUGUGAGAGAGUUCCUGGAGAAGAAUUACACGGAUGAAGCCAUUGCAGGGGACAACGAGGCAAUCAAAUUGGCCAUCAAGGCUUUGCUUGAGGUUGUCCAGUCAGGAGGCAAAAACAUUGAACUUGCUGUAAUCAGACGAAAUCAGCCACUUAAGAUUUUGGAAUCCAAGGAAAUUGAGACCCUGGUGGCUGAGAUUGAGAAGGAGAAAGAAGAGGAGGCAGAGAAGAAGAAGCAGAAAAAAACUACUUAAGGCAGUUAACUAAGGAUUCUUCUUUAUUGCACUUGGAUUACAAAAGCAUAUUUGGGUUUCAGAUAUCGUUAGUUUUGAGAGUUGAUUUCUCUCAUUUAUUUCAUAAAGAAGGGCUGAACCAAAACUUGAGAUCUGUGGAUGUUGUUGGGGUAAUCCUGUACUAUUUGCGGAGAAUAACAUGCCCUAUUACUUCCAUCAGUUAAGUUCUCUGAUGUUGAAAUAGUGCAUGGCUGGAUCUCAAGUUAGGGUUUAGAUCUGUAUAAAUACAGAAUGUUUUUUAUAUCUCACCAAACAACUCUGAUGGUGAAUAAUCUCUUUGCAAUGUUCAAAAACAUACUGAAACAUAAUACUCAAUAAAAGCGGGCUUGUUUGUAAUAAUUUUUUUUUCA